AUCCAGCGAAAAAAAGUAAACUGCCUCGUGAAACGCCGAAAGAUCAUUAGUGAAUCAAAUCCCAGAGAUAUACCAUGUUUCAUACAAUGUUUAAACUGGGGAAAAAAACUCGCCUGCUUGAAGGCCACUUGGUAACCAAUGAGAAUCGCUAUUAGCUAAUAAGCGACCACACCCGUUUCAGCGCGUUAAUGUCAAAUGCUCUAUUUAUUGCCACACUAUACAAAGCGAGAAAGCUACGGAGAAUCCUUUCAAACAAACUUAUUGUCAUACUGACAGUGUCAGCUAUGUAAGGUGGGAUAUUUAUCGCCAUGUUUGCACAAACUUGAAAUUUAAUUAAAAUGAUAAUAAAGAGAUAUUUCCAACGAAGAAGCAGCACUGUGCAAGAGUGCGGAAGGCUUGUUUAACGAGAGUUGCCUAUCGUAGUAUUUUCGUUUUUUGCAUCGUUAAUAUCAGAGGAUUGCAGGUAAAAAGCCAAGAAAGGCGUCAUAACAAAAAAUAUAUUUUUAUCGCCAAGAGGAAAAAUUUUAUAGACAAAGAUGGUAAGAGAAAAUGAAGUGGUAAGUCGUUGUCUCUCGCUGGCUCCAAACAAUCUAGAGAACCCAAAUACAACAAUUGCAGGAGCCAUUAUGAUUAUAUUUGCCUUUGUCAAUAUACUGUCAAAUUCGCUUUUGAUUUUCGCAUUGUACAAAUCGAAGCAGCAUCGGACAUUUUCGAACAAAUUUAUUCUCAUAAUGACAUUGUCAGAUUUGUGCUUUGGAAUUUUUGCACAGCCUGUGACGGGAGCAUUCUGGAUAUCAAGUAGACAAAGAAACUGCCUUGAAGUCAAAUCUAUUCAUUUUAUGGUGAUUUUUUUGGGAUGUAUUUCGGUCUUAAUGAUACUUCUCAUCUCGGUUGAUCGGUACCUUCACGUUACAAAACCGAUUCGAUAUCAGACAAUGAUGAACACUAAUCGCAUGAUCCUAUUGGUUGUAUCUUGCUUUAUUAGUGGAUUUAUUGCUGCCACAAUUAGCGUAGUAUGGGAGUCCUUCUACCGCAAGUUAACUAUCUUGAUUUUUAAUUUUGUGCUUAAGACAGUUUUUCUUAUAUUGAAUACAAAAACAUUAAAAACUCUUGAGAGACACCAAAGAAAUGCAAUCUUUCGAUUUCAACCCGGCAGUCGAAAUGAAAUGCCGAAUUCUCAAAAUGAACGUCUAGCUGCAGUGAAAACAAUUCGUCUGGUUUUGGGUUUAUUUCUUAUUUGUUACACCCCCUACAACAUUGCUUCAGUUUUCUGGACGCAUCAUGGAUUCAAAAAAAGUUCUGCUGCCGGAGUUCUGCUGGAGACAACUUACAUAUGGAGUGGUGUAAUUGCGGCUAGUGUCAGUUUUCUUAACUCAUUGAUUUUUAUACGUGGAAAUAUAAAAUGUCGCAGAGUUGUAAGAUCGCUUUUCUGUAAGAGCACCGAAGCUCCUGAGUAAAAUACAAUAUUCUAAUUCAUAGGCAUGGACACUGGAGCUGGGAGGAUUGCAAGCGAAAACAAAAACUUAAAAUUUUUAUAAAGGUCGGCUCGAUUUUUGAAACCAUCCGUUUAUCCCCAACCUUAAUGAAACAUUCUGAAUAAUAUGUUAUUAACACCAGUUUAAAGCAACAUCAUAAAAAAAGAAUUAUACAUUGUCUUAUAUACUUCCGAUUGACAACAUUAGACUGAUCCCAGCAUUGAAAUAGUAGAUAGAAAUUGGCGCGUAGUCGUGAAAAGCGUAUUUAGAUAGGCUUUCCUUUAAAAUCGUUUUUUGAUAUCACAAAACUGUCUUCAUUCAAUCAUUGAACAGAAUAAAGACCACUUUUACUUAGGUAGAUUAAGUUUUGUCUAAAGAUAUACUAAGUUGAGCAUCAUUAAUAAAUAGUAACGGAGACUUUGAUUUAUGUUUUGCUAAGGAGAAGUUUUUCAUAUUUCUAACAUAACAGUUGAAAUUGAAGAAUCGCAUUGACUUGCAUUAAGCAGAAAAGAUAAAGUGAAAAGGAGUGUGUGGUUGUAUGUUGAAACGAUUAAUUGGCGGUGUCUGCUUUUUAAACGGCAAAUGUUGUGCCAUCAUAACCCCCGAAAAUGUUUUUCAUUGAUUCAAAUGUGGAAAUUUGCUUAUUGUCAUAAAAAUAAUAAAAGGCGGUUUGCAAUGUCCAAAGAUUUCUAAACAGAUUCUUCUUAUUGCUGCAUGCUGAGUGUAAACAAAAAUAAUUGAAUUUAGCCCUUUGGUCUCAACAAUAUGAUAUCUUUGUAUCAAGAAAAGACACUGUUUGCAAAAGGCUUCUAGAAAGGUAGCAAAAAGCACAACAUUUCACGUGUUGAUAUAGGACAUUUGGAAAUGGAAAAAUAUUAAUCUAGCAAUUUUAAUUGAAAUCGGACAAAGUGUAUUUAUUUUGUGCAAAGGUAGACGUAUAAGAGGCUGAUUGGACCAAAGAAAUUAAAAAAUAUAUAAUUGGUUUGUUCAAUACGUACAAGGAAAAUGUAUUGACAAACAUGGUUGGUGAAAAUGGUACUGCGUCUUUGUGUAUGUCAUUAAUCACAAACAAUCAUGCAAAUCUGAACAAAACUCUAGUUAGAUACUUCAGAGGUGGCGCUAGAAGCAAACAUUGAAGGUGCCGAUGUUUCUAUUCAACGAAACUGCUGACAAAAAAUGUAUCAAACUACCGGUAGAAAAAUAAAAUAUGAGAAGGUAUUCAUUUGGGCGAUGUGCCCCGUAUCGAAACAAGAACGGUUUUUCGGUAGUUUUCCCAUGGAAAGAAAGUCCCAAUAUUGCACACACCAUUUUCUUUUAAAAAUGUUGUUUUAAUGAAUAUUCAUGCUCAGAAUCAUCCAUUUUUUGAUAAUAUCAUAAGUAUAUAGCUCAGUCUCAGCUCGCAUAUUUAUAUCUCAUUUUCUCAGUUGCCAUUAUAACGAUAUUAUUAUGAUGAUGUUAUAAUGACAGAGCACUGCAUGACUCAGUUUUUUCGUUUUUUCCUAAAGCGUUAAAUCUAUUCGAGGGCGGCUAUUUCUCUAAAACCUUGGAACUAUUUGUAACUGUUUUUCCAUGAAAAAUUUUCAGAUUUUGAAAGAAGCAACAAUAUUUAAAGAAUAUAUGAAGACAUUUUUCUCAAACGAAGAAUGUGCUCCAGAUCAAAUGUUUCAUUGGCAAUAAUACUGCCUCUAAUUAAAAGAGAAUCCCUUAACAACAGAAUUCAUUAUCAAAUAAUUCUGCUGUUAGGGUAAAUAUUCCAGAACCGUUUGAGAACCUGUUCCAAAUCAAGCGUCUCUGCUCAUUCUACACUUAUUACAAGUAGGGGCCACCGAGAGGUUUCGAGUCCUUAGGGCAAAAGUAAAGGGGGAGGCCUUAAGUACCCUUCUACCCUUAAGAGUUGCUUAAAAUAGAUUGCAGAACAUUUUGAGGCAUACUUUUCUUACGUUCGAUCAAUUCCAUUCUUAAAAUGGAAUUCAUGUCUCUUUGAGGUGGAAUUGGAAUGGAAUUUUAAAAUGGAAUUCCAAUCAUCAAUCGAGAGUCAUUCUUCUCUUCAUCUUCAUGUGGUUUUUUAAAAUAUAUAGAGAAAUGAACGAUCAUUUUAAGAUGUGAUGCGAGGGAGCGCUCACUGAAUACCCUGGGUACCAGAGCCACAUAUUUCGAUAAUGGAAAUAGAAGAUUGGAGUGGAGAGGUGGGCGAAUCAUCCAAAGGACAUGAUAUCAUGCCGGUACGCUAUAAAGAUGCCGAAAAUGAGUCAAAAAGAAAAUUAAUAAACCAGCCACGGAAAUUUUCAUGUCGAUGUUAGAUGUAUUCUUCUCCAAACUUCCGUAAACUGGAUGAAGUCCAUCAAGUGCCGACGGUAUUGGGAAAGCCAAAAUAGAUUGGCUUUGCGAUUCUGUUCGCACUUGUGAAAUUUAUGUCAAACGGUCUUUGAUAUUUACAUUGUGCAAAUCAAAACAGCUUCGGACAUUUUCGAAUGAACUCGUCCUCAUAAUGACCGUAAGCGAUUUGUUCACGGGAAUCUUUGUAUUUCCUGCAUCAAAUUUUACAUUAACUCUCUAUGGAACAGUUUGGUGUUGAUGCUACUUUGCAUGUCACUCGACCAGUGGCGUAGCCAGGGUUGGAAGAUUGGAGAAGCGUCCCUCUUGAAAAUGCCAGGAACACCUCCGUAGAGGCGCAAAUGGAUGGUGGUGGCCCAGAUAGCCUCAAAUUUUCAAUUUUAGGAUUUUAUAAGAAAAAGUGGGGCAAAUCAUAUCAUUAACGCUGUAAAUCAUGUCUUUUAGUGACGUUUUAGCAUUUGCAAAUCUUGUCCUUCCAGACUAGUGCGGUAGAGGGCCAUCCAUAAUAAAAUUUACCUACAAAUAGAUAGAUGAAGAAAACUUUAGGUGCUAUUUCACCUACCGAUAGACGUUUGUACCAACCAACUGAGAAUUUUAUGGACCAAAUGAAGAUAUACCAGCCAAUUCAUAAAGAACUGGGGGUAUGACACACCUCUAGGCCCUCCGACUCAAUUAUCAUCAGACACAAUGAUGAGGUUAGGCUGAUCAGCCAAUAUCAAGUCAAUGCAUUAUAUUCACUUGCCCAUUAGAACCAUUAUUAGAAGAGUUUGCUCAGAGAUCAACUGGUGAAGACCAUUACCAGAGGCCUUCAUCAUUUCAAUAUUCCCACAGCU